ACACCCACUAUCUCUCUUCUGCUCCUUCUCUUCUCCUUGUUCUUCCCCUUCCCUUCAACUUCUCUCUCUUCUCUCUUCUCUCAUCUCUCUGCAAAUUCUGAACCUUAAUUCUUCUUUCUGCAAAUCUCAAAAUUCAAAUCUGAACUCUCUAACAUGAAGCGCAAGAGUACUGAUCAAUCUACUGCUACUGAACAUGCUAGUAUUGAUUCUGCUGAAUUUUUCAAAAAAAAUUUAAGAUCGAAAAUUCCUCGCAAAAAACGAACUCAAAUAUCGCCAAUUCUCUUCAAUGAUUCCACGACUUCAAAUGCUUGUCUCAAACGUAAUUUUUCUUUUAAUUUGAGUUGCGAUCAAGUUUCAUGCAAUACGGUAGUUGAAUCCGCUGAUUUACCUCUAGAAGCAACGUUUAGUAGAAAAAAUGUGGUGUUGAUUCCGAAUUUGUCGCUCAAGAAGGAAGUUGCUCAAGUAUCUGUGUCGGAGCACUCCUGUGUAGAAUCUUGCUCUGUUGUUGUCGCAGAAACAGAGUCGAACCGAAAUGAUAAAGUUCCGACUGAGUUCUCUGCAAUUCAACAUUCUCCAGCGAGUACAACGGCUACUGUUGAGCAAAAAACAUCGAAAAGUAAAUACGAUGAAUUCAUCCUUGGGAUGGUAAGCUCUGACUUGGCAUGCAGUGAAAAUUUUUCGUAUGAUGAAUACGAGGUUUCAUCAGCGACGAAUGUCUCUGAGCUUCAAUCGGAGAUUUUCUCCAGUGAUGAAGUGUUGCAGUUCGAUGUCUGCACAGAAGAGUAUACUCCUAUGUGGUUGAACUCUUUCUCCGGAAGUCAAUUUUCUGAGAAAUCAAGCGAUGACUCAACUUCUCCUUGUUACUCUCUCUUCAAGGAGAUUUAUCAGCAAUUCUCACAAAUUAGCUCUGAUUCUUCAGAUUAUGAAGUAUCCUCUCUUUUGGAUGAUCAGUAUUCUGAUGAACUUGCUUUUUGGAAAUUUGAACGUGAAGAAGAUGAAGAGAAUUACCGUCGAUUGAGAAAUAGAGAACGAAAUCAAGCAACAAAAGCGAGAGACUACAUUGAAGACUACGAUUUUGCGACUGAUUAUGGAGGAUUAAUCCUUGAGCAGCGGUUAAUUAUGGCUAAUUGGAUUGUUGAACUAUCCAGAAAAAAGGAUCUCCAGAGUGAAACAACAUUUCUUGCUGUGCGUCUUCUUGAUAGAUUUUUGACCAAAGGGUUUUUUACAAGUCGGAAGAACCUACAACUUCUUGGCAUAGCCUGCCUCACCCUUGCCAUCAGAAUCGAAGAGAACCAGCCUUACAACAGUGUCCAACAAAAAUCUUUCUAUGUGGGAUGCAAUGUGUACUGCAGAUAUGAAGUUGUCGCCAUGGAAUGGGUAAUCCUAGAGGUUCUUAAGUUCCACUGCAUCUCUCCAACUACCUACUCUUUCCUUGGGUUCUACCUAAAAGCUGCAGCAGCUGAUGAAGAGAUGGAAAGAAAGGCCAAGUAUUUGGCCGGUCUAUCUCUGCUUGACUGUAGGCAUCUCAGAUUUUGGCCCUCAACAGUAGCAGCAGCAUUGGUACUCCUGGUCUCCUUCUCCGUAAGUCAAGGUGGAUCCAGCUUACGAGUUGUGCAGGCUCAUGUCAGAACAAAAGUUAAUGAUCUAACUGAAUGCGUUCAGAGCUUGGAAUGGUUGCUCAAGUACAUUUGCUAAAAACGUCGCCCAUUCUUGAUUAGAAGACUCAUCAUCAACAUUCAACACAACCCAUGAAUUGAUGAACCUACCAUAUUUCAACAUUCUUCCAACAACAUAAAAGUCGCUCUCAUUUUUAUGUACAUCCUCCCAAUUUUCGGAAAGUAUACUAAAGAAUUGCCAGCCAAAGUCUAGCAGAAUACGAGAAAGAAGUUGCGAUUUUUCUUUGCAACACAAAUAUAUGUUAUAGAACCUCAUUUACGACACUAUUUUUGUGUUCAUAAUUCUUGAAAACUGUACCAACUAUUCUUUAGUCUAAAGUGAUAGUACAUCAUGGAAUUUCAACAAAGGCAACCCAAAUUUUGCCUGUUCAAAAGAUGGUUGAUUAAGCUUUAUAUGCCGAAGGCAUGAAAGCCUUUUGAGGAAGUUAGUUGCCAUUCAUUGAUGAUUAUUAAUCAUUGUACAAUGGUUGUAUUGUAGUACAAUUCUUUGUGCUUUUGAGACAAUUUGAUGAUGAGUGUGCCAUGUGGAAUUUGCAAUUUGAUGACUUUAAAGAUGGGAGUAGUGAAAAGAAUUAAAGCAACAAAGAGUUUUUGUUAAUUAUAUUUCAUAGCAUUCUGAUUUACAAAGUCCAUUCUUUGAUAUUGUCCCUUAUCAUCUACUUUUGCUCAUUCGAUAAUAUGUAGUUUAUGAUUUUACAAUAGGCGUCUCAACUGUCAAGCAUACAUGUAUUUGCUAGAAGAUCAAUAAUAUAUUUCCUCCCACUAAUAAGGAUUUCAGCCUGUUUUGACUUUAUAACCUCAAUACUAAGGAAUUAUUUUAGGUUUCUCAUUAUCUUUCAUUCAAAAUCCCAAUAUAACUUUCUUUUCAACUCUGUAACAUAUUCUGCAUCAUUUCCUAUGAUGAUGUGAUUUAAUAAUUCGCUUCAAGAACAAUGUAUGAUCUAAAUUACUUUGUUUGUACCCACUUUUCUUCAUAGCUGCAAUGAAUCUUUCAAAUUAUGCUUUGAAAGAUUGUUUUAGCCCAUAUACGGUUUUCUUAAGCUUACACCUUCUUUUUUGAAGUCGUGAGAGAAACCUUGGGGUGCCUCCAUGUAUACUUCUUAAAUUUCUUUUGCAAGAAAGACAUUUUUAACAUCAAAUUGGUUAAAAUGUCUGUCUCGAUACGCAACAAAGAACACAAUUCGAAUUAUAUCAAUUUUUUCCACAGAAGAGAAAGUCUUUGAAUAGUCCACUCUAUGGAGUGUAGCCUUUUCUACCAAAACAAGAUUUGUACAUAUCACAUGUAUCGUCAGCAAGGUAAAACUUUACUAGCAUCCUCGAUCUUCUUUCCUUUGGGAAGAGUGCACUUCUUUCAUAUUUUGUUCUCCAAAGCAACGACCUCCUCCUUUAUUGUCUUUCUCCAUUUUUUAUUUUAAGAGAAUUUUCUGUGCUUCUGGAAAUAUCAAUAGAAUAAAAAGUAGUAUUAAGGCAAUUACAGUUUUUGAUAAAUUUCCUUCUUGAAUUUGAUCAAAAGGAUACUUAAAGCGUUGGGAUAUAUUUUCUGGAUUAUAUUGGCGGGGGAGAAUUCCCCUUGUGCUUUAAGGAGGUAAUUAACACCUCUUAAAUGCUUAAUUUUCAGUUUUCUCAAGUACUUGUGACACAAAGUCAUCAGUAUGCUUAACAUCUUCAACAAACUUCCUAGCUUACCUCAGCUACUUUUCUUUCCUCCUCAACAACCUCCUGGCUUACUUUAACAACAAUCCUUUCCUCUAUAGUAGGGUUCUCAUCAAAUGAAGUAGAAAUUAGGUGGCUAUGAAAAGAAGAAAGUAUUACAUUAGCAGAGACAAUUGUAAAGCUGUUGCCUACUUACUCUUGAGGAUCCCCAACAAACUCUAAAGAAUAUGUCAACCUGCUUAGAUCAUUAUUAUAAUCCUCCCCCUGAUAUCGAAUUAAGGUGGUGAUAAUAGUAGAAAUUUUCAAAGAAAUCACAAUCCAUAGCACUACACAUUUUGUUAUGGAUUGGGUCUAAACAUCAAUAUUCUUUUUGAUUUGUUCGAUACCCAACAAAGACGCACUUGACUGCCAUAAGCUAUAAUUUAUUUUGACUUUGUUUUCGAAGAUGGACAUUCAUCGUGAUUCCAAAGACACGGGGCGAUAAAGAGAAUAGGUGGAUGGAUAUUGAGGAUCUAAGUGAGUCAAGAAGAGUUUUAUUUAAGUUUCUUUGUGGGAAAACAAUUUGUGAGAUGAUUAGAGAUAACAAUGACUUCAGCCCAAAAAUGCUUUAGCACUUUAUAUUCGCUCAUAAGGCUCUGCUAGUUCUAGAAGGAUACUGUUCAUUCAUUUGUAUAUUGCAUUUUGUUGUGGA